AUGUCUGGUCGCGGUAAAGGCGGAAAGGGGCUCGGGAAAGGUGGUGCUAAGCGCCAUCGUAAAGUUCUGCGAGAUAAUAUCCAGGGUAUCACUAAGCCAGCCAUUCGUCGCCUGGCACGUCGUGGCGGUGUUAAACGGAUUUCUGGGCUCAUCUAUGAGGAGACUCGCGGGGUGCUAAAGGUGUUCCUGGAGAACGUGAUCCGGGACGCGGUCACCUACACCGAGCACGCCAAGCGCAAAACUGUCACCGCCAUGGACGUGGUCUACGCGCUCAAGCGCCAGGGACGCACUCUCUACGGCUUCGGCGGCUAA